CGUUCGUUUUGUUAUUUUUCCUCCACUUCGCAUCGAGCCGCGCGAAGUUCCUACAAAAGGGGGAAUACACGUUAGCAUCUGGUUCGUCGUGAUCGUUCGUGGAAUUAGCGGAUUCUUAAUGAAAACCAGUUCCUCUCGACGGCGUACGCCGCGGUUGAUCCUCUCUCCGCUCGUCCACACCGAUGGGAAAAUCCAACUCGGUUCGGGGACACAAAAAUCCGUGUUCGUUGGAAAAAUAAAGAUAAAAAGUGAUCGUGCGUUGGUGAUGGGUAUUCUAGAUCAUUGCUAAUGUGCUCAGAAAAGCUGCCCGGUGCAAGUGACCUGGUGCCAUUCGAACCACGCAUGCUGACUUGCUUACUUUACACUUUUGGGGAAUUACGAGUGCAGCAAUUUAGAGGCGGAUACUCAAAGCACGUGACGCAAUAUUUUUGGGCAAAUUCUUCUCGCGGCUUUCGGUUCGAAGUCCACCGAAUCCGCUUUUUUGUUCGUUGAUCGAUGUCGCGAUCUCCUCCGUCAAGUAGUGGUUAUUUCCAUCUCGACAACGCGCGUAACGUGUGAAAGCAUGUUUAGGAAGGUGGCACAUUUGCACCAUCAUCUCAUCCAUCAGCCGGUGGCGGCAGCAGCGGUGGCGACGGGAGCCGUCGUUAAUCGACAGCAACUGUUCCGACGACGACGACCUACAAGCAUCUAUCACGCAAUUCGUUAUCACAAAACCGGCACCGGCGGCGGCGGAAUAGCGACGAUAACCAACAACAAAAACAUGGCAAAGUCACCACACCCCGCAACUCUGCCCGCAGAUGACCGCGUAAGUUACGCCGAGCGAUCUGAAAUAUGGCGCAAUACGAGAAUUUCACGACACCACAUGGCGCCCGAGAUUGCGCUGCAUCUAAUCACGGAGGAAUGUGCCAUUUAUCAUCAGCCGAUCAGGGACGACUUUUGCUUCGCGACCGAACCAUUUUGGGGAUUUUUUUGGCCCGGAGGGCAAGCACUGACCAGGUUCAUUCUGGAUAAUGAGCGGUUAUUUUCCGGAAAACAAGUUUUGGACGUUGGCAGCGGGUGUGGAGCAUCGGCGAUAGCCGCGAGGCUGGUCCGGGCUAAACGCGUAACUGCCAACGACAUUGAUCCCACCGCUCUGCAGGCCGCACUUCUCAACGCGGAGCUCAACUCGGUCGACCUGGAGAUAAGCGAUCGAAAUAUGAUCGGCCAGCCAUGUGACGAUUUUGACGUAGUGAUGAUAGGUGAUCUGUUCUAUGAUGCUGAGAUUGCUGACGUGUUGCAGCCUUGGCUUAUUGAAUUAGCUGCCAGCGGGGUUGAUAUCUAUAUCGGUGAUCCGGGUAGGCACGGUCUGACGGAGGCACGCCUGAGGAAUAUGAUUGAAUUAGCAUGCUACCAGCUGCCAGCUAAUGUUUGCAUCGAGAACAACGGAUUUUCGCAUGCCAGUGUUUGGAAGUUUGUCCCCUCAGGGAAUACAUAGUCAGGCAUGGGAAAAAUCAUUUCACGAAACGAUCAAUUUGAAAUCAUCCACCAACAUGCUCUUACUGUGAAACCCGAUCUCGGCAACCUUUCUUGUGCAGAGUUACGCGUUCAUGCGAAAGCGAGAAGCAAAACACAAAACUGAAAAAAGUGACAGCGUCCGGCUAUGAUUCAUUCUCUAUCGCAUACGUAGUGUUUUGAAUGAAAGCAAAAAGGAUCGCAAAUGAAUGCAUUCUUUCAUUCACAAAGAUUCAUUUCAAAACAUUCACCGGAUCGUUCUAAUAAAAAAAAAACUUGUCGUUCUUGUUUAUAGACCUAUGAAAUUUUCACCAAGUGAUCUCUUAUUGUUGAGUAAGGAGUUUGCAAUGUGCUGGUGAAAAAAAAACAUUUUUUGGAAUGAAACAACGCUGUACUCAAAAAAAUAUCCUGUUGCAAGUUAUCCGGGAAGAGGACAGAAAAUUCUACUUCAAAGCAGAAUUGCUGAGAAUUGCUAAUAUAAGCAAGCACCGCUGAUGCUCGAAACUUUCAAAAGGAACAUUUUAAAAUGCACCCUGCUGUCUACGCAGUAAUGAAUUUACCUGCACCGCCAUACCAGAAAACCGAACCGCGGAGCCGUAACAUGGAUUGUUUGAAAAAUACGAAAUUAAUAAUUGAACAAUUUUCAUGUAUGCCAUGUACAAGCAUGCAUUUGCCCGGAAAUAACUUCUUAAAACGAUUCCGUGCAUAUCAUAAUAUCAAUUUCAAGUGGAUUCUAGUGCAAUCUACUUCUCAACAUUGAUUAUAGUAUACAUUUACACUAUAAAGUUGACCUAACCCAACCAGAGAAUACAAUGUCACAUUCAUUUGUGAACUAAAAGUUGAUUCACUUGUGAAUGUUUACAGUACAAUCUUCCGAUUCAAUCCGCGAAUGAAGAACACGAUCUUCUUCAUUCAACAUAGUACGUGUCAUUCUUUUACCUGGCUCACAGCUUCGAAAGUUCCUCUCUACCUACGUUCAGUUGUGUUCUUUUGGAGAGUUUUAGUCGGAUCGUGAAUGAACGGCUGGCUGCUGUCAAAGCAAUGAACGGAUUCGCCAAGAAUCAUGCGAAUGAAUGAUAAUUCCCAUCCCUGUACAUAGUACCAGUUGUUCACUUGGAACUUGGCUGUUAAUAGUAGUAAGAGAGGUUUUUUAAUGAAAUAAAACGUGACGUGCUGCCAUUCCGAUUGAAAAAAUAAAUAAAAGCUAUACGAUGCUUAAAAAUGUAUAACGAAAUUUUUUUAGAUAGGCACGAAAUGUCAGUCGAAUGUGCAGAAAAAUUGCUUGUUUAAAAGAUUUUCAAUAAAUCAACGCUUUUUUGUGAAAAGGGCGAUAGUGAAGUUUUGAGUUGCGAUCAUUGAAUCAUGCAAUCUAGGAUGCAAAAAACAAUAGUUUUUAAAUGGGAUUUAAACAGGGCCGGCGGAACGCCAUUUUCCCGAGUGGGUAGUAAGACUCGAAGUAGUUCAGAUAUGCCGCGUGUAAGUGAAAAUGAAAAUUCACUGAUAAUAUCUGUUGGGUAUUUGGAAACAUUCUUUGUUAACAGGGCUGUAUGUCCGACGGCUCAGCGAAAAUGUGACGGGCAUGUUUCUAUUACUUUUUGGUAAGGUUAUAUUCCUUUUUUGGUGCCAGACCACGCAAUUGCGCAUUGCGGUAUUAAACUCCGCAUAUUACCGCAAAGGUAGUGACGAAUUUCGGUAGCUGUUCAUGUAUGUGCAUCUCACAAUCACACACACACACACACACACACACACUUUUCAGUAUCUGUCAAUUUAGGCUCUGUUAGUAUGUAGGAUAAUUCGGUCGAUUUCUAUAAUAGUAUUAGUAUCGAAUCAAACCAGUCGGAGCUCUGCCCGAAUUCAGGCUGGAAUCUGCACCAAUAUUGACAAAAUUGGCGGCAUUACGGAUUUUUUGCAGGGUAAGUUGGAUAGUGAAAUAAAAAAUUUAGGCAGUUUCCGAACCCGGCCUUGUUUCCGGAUCCGACACAGUUCCCGAUCCGGACCAGUUCCCGAAUCUGGACCAGUAUCCGCAAAUGGACCAGUCCCUGGAUCUAGCCCAUCGCAUUUUCCCCUUACAAGGUUCGGACCUGAACCACGCUCAGAUUUGGUGCUUAGAUCUAGACAAGUGUCUGGAUCCGGACCCUCGUUCGGAUAAGUGGAUCCAAACUGUAGGUCUUGCUUUCCGCACAUGACGGGAAGGACUGUUAAUAUUUUGUGCAGGCUCUACCUUACUGUUGACAUCCAUGAUAGGAAAAAAAAGUUCAUUUUAACUCCGACCGAAAUACCCAACCACUAUUCCGAGUCGGUUUUUUCUGACUGUGCUUUGAAGCUAGCCGAGUGUGAGCCGAUCUUCAAAUACGGAAUGUGUCGUGUAGAGAAAAUCGAAACUGUGGUCUUUAUCCAGAUUGUGUUCGUUUCACUUGCACAAUAAAAUGACGAGCGAAGUGCUACACUUUUCCAGAAAGUCCGACGCGUUAAUAUUUAUUGUAUAAGAAUUGAUGAACAUGAGUUCGAUGCAUAGAAGAUUUGAAUGUGUUGGUAUUGCCGUUUAAGGAAUUUUUGUUGGGUCCGUUUUAGUAUUAAACGACUUGGUAUUAUAGCAUUUUUUUCUUAUUACCGUAAAGGUAUUACGGCCGUG